AUGCGGAGAGGAUGGAACAGUUUUUCGUCGCGAACGAGACUCAAAUCAGAGGCCAUACAGAAGAAGUUGUUGUCCGAAGCGAAGUUAGAUUUCGAUGGAGCAGUCAGAAUAGCCACAGCAAUGGAAAUUGCCGAUAAGGAUACUCAAUCAUUCGCAGGAAAUACAGAGUCGGUUCACUUCAUGAAUUCGAAACCUGGACAGAGAGGAAAACCAACAUCAGCAGGACCUAAGAAGCCAGGAUAUCGCGGUGGAGAGAAGCACUAUUUGGAUGCUGGUAAACACAGAAACACUAUUAAAUGCUACAAAUGUGGGAAACCUGGAUAUAUAGCUAAACAUUGUAAAGUCCAGGGAAAAUUUUAUUUGAAACAAGAUAAGACUACCCAUUAUGUACAGGACAGUGAAUAUUCUCUUGAUGAGGAGGAGGAUCUGUCAAUUUAUUCCGUACACAGCACAAGCGAGGUCGACAAAGACAAGAGCUACUCAAUUGGACUGAGUAUCAACGGGUCAAUAGUACAAUUUCAGUUAGAUACAGGGAGUGCUCGUACAAUCAUGAAUGAACACACUUAUCAGAAAAUGCUUACCGGUUGUAAGCUAAAGAAAUCGACAAUCGUGCUAAGAUCGUACACGAAGGAGAUAAUUCCCAUUCUUGGUGAAUGUAGUGUGACUGUUGUAUAUGGAGAGCAGCAUCUGACGAAUAUGUCUGUGCUAGUCAUAAAAGGGAGUCAGCCGUGCUUGCUGGGAAGAGACUGGUUAUCAAAAAUUCAGAUGGACUGGAAGGAAAUUUUCAUGGUGACGAAGGACAGAAUUGAACACUUGACAAAGGAGUAUGCUGAUCUGUUUGAGGAGAACCAAAAUCCAAUCAAGCAUUUCAAUGCAAGCAUAAAACUGAAGGAGGGAUGCUCACCAAUAUUUUGCAAGGCAAGACCUGUGCCUUAUGCUUUAAGAGACAAAGUUGAAGGAGAGCUCAAGAAACUACAGGAGAAAGGAGUUAUCUAUCCAGUCAAACACAGUGAAUGGGCUGCCCCCAUUGUCGUUGUGCCAAAGGCGGACAAGUCGGUGCGUUUAUGUGGAGAUUACAAAGUGACUGUCAACCGAGUGAUCAGUGAAGAGCAGUACCCUCUACCAAACACUGAUGACAUGUUUGUGUCCCUUGCGGGAGGUCAGAAGUUCACAAAACUGGACUUAAGACAGGCAUACUCACAGGUGGAGCUGGAGAGUGACUCAGAGGAGUACCUUACAAUAAACACGCAUCAUGGACUAUUUCGCUACCGAAGACUUGCGUAUGGAGUAAGCUCCGCUAGCGCCAUAUUUCAGGCAAUUAUGGACAAGAUCCUGUCAGGACUACCACAAGUAGUGUGUCGAAUUGAUGACAUUUUGAUCACAGCCCCCGAUGAUGAAACUCAUUUUAAGACUGUUAAGGAGGUAUUUCAUCGCUUGCGCCAGUACAACAUGACACUGCGGCAGGACAAGUGCAUCUUCAUGGCGGAUCAGGCCGUGUACAUGGGAUUCAUGGUGGACAAACACGGGAUACAUCCCACAGAUGAGAAGAUUGCUGUAAUUCGUGAUGCUCCUAGACCAACAAAUGUGAAAGAACUAAAGGCUUACCUGGGUUUGCUGAAUUACUAUGGUUCAUUUCUGCAGAAUCUGAGUACUGUAUUGCAUCCUUUACAUCACCUGUUGAAAAAGGGAGAGCAGUGCACGUGGACAGAUGAAUGUGAAAGCAGCUUUGAAGCAAGCAAGCAGAUGAUUACAAAGGGCAAGUUACUGGUAUUCUACGACAUGAAAAAAACCCUGCGGUUAGCUUGCGACUCAUCAGCAUAUGGAGUUGGAGCUGUAGUCUCGCAUUUGAUGGAGGAUGGCUCAGAGAGGCCAAUCGCCUUUGCUUCUCGUACUUUAAGUACCAGCGAGAGGAACUAUGCUCAACUGGAGAAAGAAGCAUUGUCAUUGAUCUUUGGUGUGAAGAAGUUCCACAAGUAUCUGUACGGCAGAACUUUUACCCUCAUCACAGACCACAAACCAUUGGUAACUAUCUUUGGACCCAAAAAUGGUAUACCUACCUUAGCCGCAGCCAGGAUGCAGAGAUGGGCACUAAUUCUCUCAGGAUAUCAAUAUCAGAUUGUAUAUCGUCCAUCUCAGGAAAAUGGAAAUUGUGAUUCACUAUCCAGAUUGCCAGUAGAGGGGAAUUUCGGUACAGAAGAAUAUGAGGAUGUCUACUGCACAGGGCUGGACAACACAGAGCUACCCAUAUGUAACACAGACAUUGCUCGUGCAACAAAGGUGGAUCCUCUUUUAGCCCGGGUAUUUGAACUUACCUUGAACGGCUGGACAAGUCAGGUUAACGAUCCAGAACUUCAACCUUUCUUUGAGCGCAGGAGCAGUUUGAGUAUAGAACAAGGGAUUAUCCUUUGGGGAAUCCGAGUGGUAAUUCCUAUGGCACUGCGUAAACGGAUCAUGGAGAAGCUUCAUGAAGAGCACCUUGGUAUGUGCAGGAUGAAGGCUCUUGCACGAGGAUAUGUAUGGUGGCCAAACUUAGACAGAAACAUUGAGGAGGACAGUGCAGGCAUGUCCGUCAUUUAUUCAAAGUGGUUGGAAGUCAUUCCAGUGAGAUCAACCACCAGUGCUAACACUAUUGACAAACUCCGGAUGCUGUUUGCGUCAACCGGAUUACCAGAGGAGAUAGUGAGUGACAAUGGACCACAGUUCACGUACCAUGAAUUUCGUGACUUUACACGUCAAAAUGGUAUAAAACAUACCCUCGUUCCACCGUACCACCCGCAAUCCAAUGGAUUUGCUGAGCGAGGAGUACAGAUAGUGAAGAAGGCCCUGAAAAGUAAAGAUGUUGAGGGACGACAACAAUCGCUAGAGCAUCGAUUAGCGAACUUCCUAUUAAAGUAUAGAGUUACUCCCCACACAACUACUGGUGUGUCACCCUCUGAGCUAUUUCUGAAGAGGCAACUUAGAACGCGUCUCACACUGGUGAAGCCUGACAUCGGAAAGAGUGUUGAGAAAAGCCAGCAGCGGAUGAAAGACUUUCAUGAUCGAGGCAAGGUGAAGGUCAGACAGUUUGAAGAAGGAGAUCAAGUGCAAGUGAAGACUACAAUUCAGCCUGGGAAAUGGAAGUGGCUACCUGGAACAGUAAACAAAGUUUAUGGUCCACUUACUUACCUAGUCCAAGUCGGAAAUCGCAAAAGAUUUUGUCACCUUGACCACUUGCUAGCUUGCAAUGCUAAACUUCCACAAGCGUUGCCGCCCCUGAGCGACUUUUCAUUGAAGGAGCCGACCAGACCUACAGUGGAUCUACCAGAGGAAGUGGAUCUCCCGAAUGCAGAACCUUCUAAGGAAGCAGGAUGUUCCCCACCAUCUAGUAAAACGUCGAAGACACCGUCUACCACCAGUCGAGUGAUGUCAUCCAGGGCGGCGAACCAGUCAAUGAGCAUACCCUCACCACGGCCCAUGCGUGAACGCAAACCCGUCCGUAGGCUCAUUGAGGAAAUCUGA